AUGGAGAACAGGAACAACGUGACAGAGUUCAUUCUCCUGGGGCUGACACAGAAUCCAAAGAUGCAGAAAGUCGUAUUUGCAGUGUUUUUGGUUGUCUACAUUGUCUCUGUGGUAGGAAAUGUGCUCACCUUGGUCACCAUCACCACCAGUCCUUUAUUGGGUUCUCCCAUGUACUUUUUCCUGGCUCAUCUCUCUUUUAUUGAUGUCUGCUAUUCCUGUGUCAAUACCCCUAAACUGAUUGUAGAUUUGCUCCGUGAAAAGAAAACCAGCUCUUUCAAUGAAUGCAUGACCCAAAUCUUUGGAGAGCAUUUAUUUGCAGGUGCUGACAUCAUUCUGCUGACUACAAUGGCCUACGACUGCUAUGUGGCCAUCUGCAAGGCCUUGCACUACACAACCCUCAUGACCUGGCAGAUGUGUUGGUUGCUAGUGGGAGUGGCAUGGACAGGAGGCUUUCUUCAUUCAACCAUUCAGAUCCUCUUCAUUUUCAGGUUACCCUUCUAUGGCCCUAAUGUCAUAGACCACUUUAUGUGUGAUCUGAACCCUUUGCUCGAACUUGCCUGCACUGAUACUCACAUUCUAGGGCUCUUUGUUGCUGCCAACAGUGGGUUCAUCUGUCUGUUAAUCUUCCUUCUGUUGAUUAGCUCCUAUACAGUCUCUCUGCUCUCUUUAAGGACACGGAGCUUGGAGGCAAGGCAAAAAGCCCUCUCCACCUGUGUCUCCCACAUCACGGUGAUCCUCUUAUUCUUUGCGCCCUGCAUAUUUGUGUACAUGAGACCAGCGGUUACUUUUCCUAUUGAUAAAGGAGUUGCUAUAUUCUACACCAUCAUAGCUCCCAUGUUAAAUCCAUUAAUCUAUACCUUGAGAAAUGACCAGAUGAAAAAUGCAAUUGGGAAAUUAUUUAGAAAAAAAGUAAGUAGUAGUGGAGAAUAA